UGGCGCACCAGAUGCAGACACACGGAGACGCCCUUAAAAAAUUGGAGCUGCGGCUGUUCCUUGGAGCAAGUGGAUAAAAGGAGGGAGGCCAAGUUGGCGAGGGAAUGACGCACUCGAGGAGGGGCCAGAGGGAGAGGAGGAAGGGACGGUGGAGGCGAGCUUUCCGGGGCGGACGCGCCGAGGACGAGGGAGGUGGCGCGUGGGAGCCAUGCUUCUCCCCACUUCGUCUUCCUCCUACGCGCCCAAAGGUUUCCCCACCCCCUUCGCUAGUAUAUUGUAGUCUUCUUGUUUCAGCCGCCUCCGCCAUGCCUGGGUCGUUGAGCUGCGCUGGUGACUCCUACGGGAAGACGGUUGACGAUCAUAUGAGUUCAACUUUCACUUUUGGUAAUAAGCACUCUGCAUUUUCAAGUCAAAACAGUGACUAUGGCCAGCCAAUGGCUUGUAUUUCAUACCCAUUCAGUGAUUCUGGUUCAGGAGCUUGGCCGGCCUAUGGGUCACGCGCUCUGUUCCAGCCCCAAACAACUGGAGGAGGGUCCGCAACUGCAAGAGUUCCCUUGCCUCUCGAAAUAGCGGCGGAUGAGCUCGUAUUUGUCAAUCCCAAACAAUAUCAUGGAAUUCUCCGCAGAAGACAGCUGCGUGCUAAGUUAGAGGCCCAGAAUAAGCUCAGCAAAAACAGAAAGCCCUAUCUUCACGAGUCUCGUCAUCUUCAUGCAAUGAAAAGGGCAAGAGGUUCCGGCGGACGUUUUCUCACUGCUAAACAACUCCAGGAGCAGUCUCGCGCUGCCUCCAUGAAGGCCACCGCCGAUGGUGUGAAUUCAGCAGGCUCAACCCACCUACGGCUAGGUAACGGGUGACGAGGGAAUACCUCGGCAAUGCCUACGUAUUGUAGACUAGGGUUUUGGGAGAGAGCGACGAUGGAGAUUCUGGGGUCGAGAUUAGGCACACGACGUACCCAGCUUCGGGUCCCCUCGAUGGAGGAUCCCUACGUGCUGCUAGCAAUCCAGUAUAUGAGCAUAUGUCUGUUUACAGGGUGCCGGCAUAGCGGAGUUAUGUUGUCUCUAUUCUGUCUAUCUGUUGUCCCCCUUAUUUCGGGUGCCCUGGCUAGCUUUAUAUAUGCAACCAGCCUAGGGUUUUACAAGAGUCCUAGUCGACUACUUCUUCGGGUUGCCUUGUUGGGCCUUCUCCAUAUUGGGUCUUCUCCGUAUUGGGCCGAGCCAGGUAUACUAAUAAUGGGUACCCGAAGGGUAUGCCCAUGUCAGUAGCCCCCGAGUUUAUAGGGAAGUCGAAGACUUGCGUAGAAACUCCAAGCAUAACCAUCUCCGAAGUCGAAGAAAUACAAGGCGAGGUCCAUGUCGAAGAUCAUGUGUAGCGUAGACGAUGUCGACGAUUCUCGAAAUUGUUUUUCUGUCGGGUGCGCGGCAGCGCUCCCGAUGGGAGUAGCCCCCGAGUCUAUGGACAAGUGCUUGCACUUGGGCAUAGACUCAAGUUGUACUACUCGAUAAAGAACUUGACUGCACUUCUGGGCGCAGCCCCUCUUUUUAUCGACUCCUGUUAGAGGACUUAAUGAAAUCCAGCACUCCCGAUGGGAGUAGG